AUACCCACUGAAAACUCUUCUAUAAAAGGUGAUGAUUUUCCAGUCUGAAAGUCAGUAUCAUUGUAUUGAAUCAGAAUAUCGAGGUCUUGACAUAGCGUUGCAGAAAUGAAGAUAAAAGUAGCAAUAUUUUUUGCAUUUAUUUCGAUGAUAUCAGCUUAUCAAGAUUCCGCUUUAAAAAGGCGUCAAGGAAUCAGGGCACAAGAUUCAUUCCAGGCUAGUCAACUUGAAGAUAGCGAAGAUUCCGCUUUAAAAAGGCGUCAAGGAAUCAGGGCACAAGAUUCAUUCCAGGCUAGUCAACUUGAAGAUAGCGAAGAUUCCGCUUUAAAAAGGCGUCAAGGAAUCAGGGCACAAGAUUCAUUCCAGGCUAGUCAACUUGAAGAUAGCGAAGAUUCCGCUUUAAAAAGGCGUCAAGGAAUCAGGGCACAAGAUUCAUUCCAGGCUAGUCAACUUAAAGAUAGCGAAGAUUCCGCUUUAAAAAGGCGUCAAGGAAUCAGGGCACAAGAUUCAUUCCAGGCUAGUCAACUUGAAGAUAGCGAAGAUUCCGCUUUAAAAAGGCGUCAAGGAAUCAGGGCACAAGAUUCAUUCCAGGCUAGUCAACUUGAAGAUAGCGAAGAUUCCGCCCUCCGUGCACGUGAUUUCAAAGGUGAUCUUCAGGGAAAGGAUUACAAAGCUGCUAGUGCAGAAGCAAGAAGGUGGAAAGAUUCCGCCCUCCGUGCACGUGAUUACAAAGGUGAUCUUCAGGGACAUGAUUACAAAGCUGCUAGUGCAGAAGCAAGAAGGUGGAAAGAUUCAGCCCUUCGGGCACGUCAUUACAAACGUGACCUUCAGGGACGUGAUUACAAACGUGAUCUUCGGAUACGUGAUUACAAACGUGGUAAUGGACAAGCAAGAAAGGGAAGAGCCCUUUACCGCGAUGCAUCAAAAAGUUUGUCAGAGUGAUCUCGGUAACACCUCCAGGCGCCAAGUAAUAUAACUCACAUUGGUCGCCGAAGAAAAAUAUUGAAUGGAAUUGCACGUCUAUGUUAUUUUUAAUAUUUAUCACGUCAUUGCAAUGUAGACACUUUAAUUUUAAUAAUUAGCAUGUAACGAAAGUCAUCACUCCGUAGAAUUGUUAGACAGGAGCACACACCGUCUUUUGUAUUUUUGCACAUGAUUUAGCUAAAAUAAUAACUAACGCAGUA